AACAGAGAACAAUAUAAAACAUAUCGAUUAGCCAACAGAUUAGAGAACAAAAACUGAAACAAACAUUUGAUGUGACAUCAAUAAAACAAAAGAAGAAGAAUAUUGCAAACGUAAUUUUGUUAAUUUCCGUGACAGUGGCAACUGGCUGUCAAGCUGACGUUAAAAACGCUUAAAAUUGGAUUAUGCUUAGGCACAAACGCAACAGCAGCAACGCCCAACAGAAGACGCACAGCGAGCAUGUGAAGCUGGCCGGAAAACCAGAUGCACUGCAUCCCCAGUUGUAUAGGAAUACGCCCGUCCAGCGUUUACAGUUCAAUCAGCAUUUGAACCAGCGUGUCACGUUCUGCCUGGAGCUCUAUCACAAGAACAUUAUCAAAAAACUAUCCGAGCUUAGGAAGAUAAACGUUUACAAAUUGACCAAAAACGUUUGCCAGACUUAAGAUACUUUUAUUAAAUAAAUAAAAAAAAAAAAAAACAAAAACAAACUGUGUGCAACAAGUUGUCCAAGUGAAGCUCAAAGUUUUUGUGCGUGUGUGUGUGUGCGUGCGUGUGUGCGCGCAGCUGUAUAUGUGUGUAUAU